AUUAAUAAAUAACCAGCCACUGAACAGAUUCUUUCGAAAUGCUAAACGCUGUAAUUUUGGAGACGAUUUUAUUUUUUUUAAAUUUAUAUUUGCAAUAAUUUAUGUUAAAUACAUUUUAAAAGUACUGGACCAAACAUAAGCUUCUUCUUCGCAUUGCACCUGCUUUCCGUUAGAUUUUACGAUGGAUACUAGCAAGACUCGAAAUAUUAAGUCCCUUUUAUUGCAAGCUUGGAGAGAGCGUUGGACAGAUGUGACGUGGGGCUACCGAAUAAAAAGUGUACUUCCAAGAGGUGUAAGUGGUGAUGUUUAUGAUCUAGCUGACUGUAUACUACAACAAGCCCUAGUUGGUCCUGGCCCAAAUAGUUUGUUUAUGUCCUAUUUAAUGCAUUCCUUAAGCUCAAGAGUAGUAUCCUAUGGUGCUGUUUUGUCUAGCAUUGGACGAUAUCAGAGUUUCUACAAACCAUACUGCAUUUUGAGUUUAUUGGAUCUUUUGAAAACUUUUCAAUCUAGAAUUGGUUGCCAUGGCAAUGAAGAAGAGUGUAUAGCUUUAUGUAAGGCUGUUGUUAGUAUAACUCAUUGGUUAUACGCUUGUGUUUAUCAUUCCAUAACAAAGCUAAGUGAAUUGAAACAGAGCCCUGAACAUAUAUCAAUAAUGGAAAAAUCUUUUGAGGCUCUCUUCUAUUUCAGCAAUUCUACUUUCAUCGAGUCUCUUUUGUAUGUUGGAAAGUUUGAAGAUCAGGGUAUGUAUGCUCAAAUGCUUCAAAAACAUAAAGAGCUUGAAGAAAAAAUCAAUUUAGUUCCCACAACAACUAAUGUCACACGAGAAAUCAUUGAAGGAGCUUUAAGCCUUGUAAAUUCUGUUGAUAAUAUACCAAUGAUGCCAGCAGAACAAAUGCCAAAAAGUAACAACAAAAUUCAAAUAAUAGCUAGUACAAUUAACAUAAUGGUUGUAAUUGAUGCUAUUCUUAGUCCUGCAAAUGAUAUUGGGGCAUUUGUAAAUCAUUUACUAAUGAUUAAAAAACUUCAAAAUUUUAAAUUGUCUCAACUUUAUUGCGAAAUUAUGCGCGCAUGUUUAAUUGGAAUAGCUGAUAAUUCGGGUACUUUUGAAGAUGAUUUGAAAUGGUUUGCAUUUACUUUUCUCAAACUGCCCAAUCUGAUAGUCAACAUUGAUGCAGUUCAAACAGAUAAUGAAGAAGACUCAUUUGAAAAGGGUGUAGAUCUGUUGUUGUAUUAUGGACCUCUUCUGGACCAAGUCGAUUUGAGAAGUAAUUGUGAUAGUUUAUCAUUUUUAAGUAAAGAGUUCUGCAGAGUGAAACUUUUAACUGAACCCCAGGCUAACAAACUUGCAGCUCGUAGGCAAGCAGAAACUUCGAAAGUUCCAUCACAGAUAAAUCAGAAUCAAAAUAUGCAGGGGCAGGCAAGCAAGCCACUGCCAACCAAGCCUCCCACACCUAAACCAACUCCAGAAAGGGGGCAAGCAAGUGUUCAAUUAGUUCUAAGAGCUGAACAUACCUUAAAACGAAUUUUAGUAUCCUUGGACUCUGAUUAUUCAAAAAUACAAGAGCCUCUGUUGCAAUUUUUAUGUCAUAUUCUUCCUCCUAAGAAUUUUAAAUUGAUUUUGGCUGCUUUCUCUGCUACAGGAAAAUUGAAUUCCUUCAUUUCAAAGCUCAUUGAGUAUAAUGAAUAUAAUAAGUUUGUUAGUAAUGAGACUGUUAAAGCAUCUCAAACAAGAGCUCUGAUGUUUGAUGUUACUUUUUUGUUGUUGUUUUAUGUUACUCAGUAUUAUGGCAUAGAUGUGGUCAUAAGCAAUGCUGGGAAGAAGGACUCAUUUUUUAUACAGUGGAUUACUGAAUGCUUAUCUGAAGGUGGUAAAUUCAAAUCCCCAGAUGUAGCAUUAUGGAGAUGUGAUCAAGAAAAUAUUGAUAUGUUGCUUCAACAAUUUAUGAACACAGAUCAAGAAAUUAAAACUCAUCAAGUGAAAUGGCAUGAAGUGUGUAUCAAUGCACCUGCAGCAGCAAAAGAAAUAUUGCUUGCAUGGGAACAUGGUGCAUUAUCUACAGAAAAAGUCAAAAUAAUUUUAGAUCAUAUUAAAGGACAAUAUUGCUUUCUUCCUAUUUGUAUAUCUGCUUGGCUUUGUAAUUACAUAAGUGUUCUUCACCAUCAGGAGCGACUUAAGCCUAUAAAUAUGCUUCAACAGUUUACUCAGCCUUUGUCAGAACCUGCCACAUCCCCCGGGGAAUCGCCAUCUGGAAGUGGUCGACAAACACCUCAAAUGCAGGGUGUUGAUCAAGAAAAGAACUUCUAUCCGCAACGUUCAGUUUUGAUGAUGGGUAUUAUAAAUAUAAUGAUGUUUGAUUUACAUCCCCCUAAGCAAGGAAAAAAUAGAUGUGCCCCUUUAAUACCUCAUGGAUUAACAGUGAAACUUCCUUUAGGCAAAAUAUUAGAUGAGGUUUUUCAUGAAGUACACUUUCGAGGAUGGCUGGAUUUAAGGUCUAUUCGAUACUUUGACACUUUAUUAUGUGUUGGUGGAGCACGUUGGUUCUGCGAUAGUCUUGUCCGACAAAUUCUUGGUUACCAGUUUCUGAAAGAUAUAAAUCGUGCUGUGGAUAUGAUUACUGGUAUAUUCUAUUUAGAUAUAGAGCAGUGUGCUUUGGCUUUACUGUUACAUGUCCUCCCAUUUUAUUUGUACAAUGAAUAUCACCAAGAACAGUUGGCAGAACCUUAUGGUACAGCUCUGGCUCGUUUAACAGUCAUCACAACAUAUGCUGCUCUACAGUCAAGACUGUGUUCUGCCACUGGCGGAAUUAAAUCUGGCUGCAAGCGAAGUUAUCGCGAGGUAGACAUUUUUGAUGCCAGGGAUCCUGCUGAUUAUAAUAGAUCCAGUAAAAUGCAUCGCAGCAAUAAUGAGCUUCUGGAAGAUACUCCAUUUGAAUUGCAAUCUUUAAAUGAUGAGCAAAUGCGUAAUGCAGUUGCUAAUCCUAUCAACAAAGCUAUUGCAGAUGUGAUGCGUACAUUGUUGGUGAUUGCUUCCGAUGCAACAAUGAGUGCAAGAUCCUAUUUCCCCAUCCGAUUUCUAGAACAAGUUGUUCUCUGUGCGAAAGAUGAUGCUCACAUGAUACUGCAGUUUAUGCCACUUGGACUGGUUGGUUUGCUUUUGAAAAAAUACCCUGAAGAAUUUAGUCAUGCAUUGAUUCUUGCUGUUAGCAGCAUGCAGAGUCCAAGAGCACGUAAAGUAUCAGCUUUGAGUUUGUGCCAAUUGACAAUUGCACAAAAUAGGCUUGCAACUAAUAGUUAAACAACCUGAAAUUGUAAUGCUGCAUUGUAAAUAAACAUACCAUAUCCAGAAUAAAUAAAUAAGGUUCUUUGAUUGAAGUUAAUACAAUACAAGCAAAAUUGUAAUUUAAAACAAUUUGCUACAUUCUUUUAGAACAAGAUUCCAUCCGCUUGUUACCCCCCUUCAUGAGUGGUUACCAUUUAAUAUUUUUUUAAUAGAAUUACUGUUGUUAAAUGCACUUUCAAAAAUCUGAUCAUGUUAUUUUUUUUAAAAAACUUAUUUGCAGAACAAAAAAAAAAAAAAAAAAAACUGUUCCUUAAAAUCUUUUGCAUUUUAUCUUUAAUAUUAUUUCAUAUCUAAGGUAUUGUCUGAAAAAAAUGAAUAAACCUUUAUAUCUCAUAUCCAGACUUUCUUCAGAAUUUUGCAUUUCAUUCAUUUCAAAAAGGAAACCCUGACUGUUAGGUAUUCUUAAUGUGGAAGUGAGGACUAUUUAUAGCAAUCAUUUGGAGGUUUUAUCUCAUCUUGUGUAUGAAAGUUUUUCAGUGGUGGAUUUACUGAAAAUACAUAUAAUUUUUUUCUGAUUAUAAAUAAUAUUUUUCUUUGUCUCAAUUUUUAUAGUCUGAAGUAUUUUGUCAAAUUGUGUUCAUUUUCGUAGUCAUAAUCGUAACAAAAAUGUAAGUACACAAUGUAAUGAAAUGCUUAUAUAAAACCUGACUUUAUUUUAUAUUUAUGUAUUUAUUGUCAGGAUUGAGCUGUUUCAUCCUUUUUAAAAUUCAUA